AUGUCUGGCCUAAUUGCUUAUCGAAAGGAAAAGAGACAUUAUCCACAGAAACCAUUAGACAAAGAAGGUAGUGAUUAUUUCUCCAUAACAAGUUUUGAUGCAGGAUUAGUGUAUGAUGACAUCUUGAAAGCAAUGGAUAAUUUUGAUGAAGCAUAUGCUAUUGGGACCGGAGGAUAUGGGACUCUGUACAAAGCCGAGCUACAACCUAACACAGUGGUAGCAGUCAAGAAGCUUCACUCAUCAUCUGAGAACGUUGAUCAUAAUGGAUUCCUUAAUGAGAUACGAGUAUUAACGAAUAUAAGGCAUCGAAACAUAGUGAAACUCUAUGGAUAUUGCUCACAUGCCCGCCACUCAUUUUUGAUUUAUGAAUACCUUGAAAAGGGAAGCCUUGGAUCAAUCUUAAGAAGUGAUGUUUUAGUAACAGAACUGGACCGGUUGAAAAGGGUAAAUAUUGUAAAGGAUGUAGCUAAAGGUUUGGCUUAUAUGCAUCACGACUGCUCACCUCCUAUAAUUCAUAGAGACAUUUCCAUUGCCAACAUCCUUCUUGAGUCUGAUUAUGAGGCACACAUUUCUGAUUUUGGCACAUCCAAGCUUUUAAAGCUAGACUCAUCCAAUUGGACCACAAUCAAAGGAACACAUGGCUAUAUAUCGCGCCAGAUAAUCUUUGGGAUCGUGGCACUAGAAGUGAUCAUGGGAAAGCAUCCUGGUGAAUUACCAACAUUGUGGGCGGAUUAUCUGGUGUUAGGAAAUGUUGGAGAUAGUCGGAUUCCACUUCCUUCACCACAAAUUGAGAAAAAAGUUAAUAUGGUUCUGAAUCUCUCUAGAGCAUGUUUGAACUCGAAUCCACAAGGAAGACCAACAAUGCGCCAAGUUUCAUAUAUGUUGAUGAAGACAUGA